AUGAUCCAUGGUCCAUGUGGUGUCAUUAAUCCGAAGUCACCGUGUAUGGAAAAUAAUGUGUGCACAAAGAAGUAUCCUCGGCCGUAUAAUGACAACACUUCGAUUGACAAAUCAGGGUAUGUGUUAUAUCGUCGCCGCCGGAAUGAAAAUGAGUCUGUGGUUAAAAAUGGGGCAAAUUUAAACAACACGUUUGUUGUACCUCAUAACAUUAAUCUCCUAAAGAAGUACGAGGCUCAUAUUAAUGUGGAAUGGUGUAAUCGUACAAGUGCAGUGAAGUACUUAUUCAAGUACAUAACCAAGGGUGUUGACAGAGCAUCCGCAGUUAUUGAAAAAGGAAAUACGGCAACUACCUCUGACACCGUGGCUUCUGGAGAACCAAAGGAAAAAGUGAUUAAGCAACGGAAUGAGAUCCAAGAAUACAUCGAAGCUCGAAGGUCAGAAUUUGCACGCACAUUAACUUAUGUGCAAAUACCAGAAUAUUUCGUAUGGAACAACAAUUCCAAAGUCUGGACUGAACGUAAGAAAAGAAAAACCAUUGGGCGAAUUGUGGCUGUCCAUCCAUCAGCAGGUGAUCGAUACUAUCUGAGGAUCCUCAUUAAUAAGAUUAAGGAUCCUAGAAGUUACGACGAGCUGAAAACUUUCAACGACGUGAAAUACCCUGACUUCAAAUCAGUUUGUCACGCACGAGGCUAUUUGGACGAUGAUGUUGAAUGGCUCGAGAGUAUGUCGGAGGGUGCUAGAACAGCCACCCCAUACCAACUCCGCGAUAUGUUUGUCACAUUCCUAAACACUUGCUUCGUUGCAAGCCCCAAAGGACUAUGGGAGCACUCAUGGAAAUCAAUGAGCGAGGACAUACUUCACAAGAGACAAAGGAUCUUAGGCCACACAAAUCUGGAACUGGAUGAUGAGACCCUAGAGCAAUACACGUUAAUCGAAGUGGAAAAGUUGAUGCGCAUGCAAGACCAUUCUUUAAAUGAUAUUAAAGAGAUGUCAAAGAUCAAACCUGUUUUGCUAAAAGAAUUGGGGAACAGUUUGUGGAACCAAGAAAUGGAUUACGAUGUUGCCGAGGAAACACUCAGACAUGUCAGUCAGUACAACUUACUUAACGCCCAGCAGCGUGCGAUUUACGAAUCAGUAUUAGACUCUAUCGAUAAAAAGGAUGGCAAACUAUUCUUUAUACAUGGCGCAUGGGGCACAGGAAAAACCUUCCUCUAUCAAACCAUUAUAUCCAGACUUCGCUCGAGGAAACAAAUCGUUCUCCCGGUAGCUUCUUCAGGAAUAGCCGCAUUGCUCCUACCAAACGGAAGAACAGCUCAUUCUCGCUUUAAUAUUCCUUUGAAGCUCGAUGAAGAUAAGCUCUGCAAUAUCAAACCAGGUACGAUGCUCGUGGAACUCAUUGAGAAAACGGACCUCAUAAUUUGGGAUGAGGCACCUAUGACGCACAAGCAUGCCUUCGAAGCAUUAGACAAAACUUUGAAGGACAUAAUGUCUAUGAAAAAUCCACACGCAAAGGAACAAACUUUUGGCGGAAAAAUUGUUUUGUUAGGUGGUGAUUUUAGACAGAUCCUUCCGGUAGUUCCACAAGGGAGUAGCGCUGAUACUGUCUUAGCUUCGAUAAGUCAUUCAUAUCUACGGAAUACCUGCCACAAGUUCCCUCUGAUGACAAAUAUGCGAGUCAACCAGGACGAAAAAGAGUUCUCUGAUUGGCUUCUCAAAUUCGGUGAAGGUCGUCCACAAUCAGAACAAGAAGAUGAGGAUGAUGGCUACCAAGACCAAAUCUUAACCGUCGACCCCUCAUUGGUCCAAGAAACUAAGGAUGAGUCAUUAAAGCAAGUUGUCGAUGCUGCGUAUGGUGAUGUCAACCAAAUAGAGGCCUCCCAAAGUUCCUACACUGAUAAAGCUAUCCUUACACCCCGAAAUGAUACAGUCGAUGAAAUCAAUGCGUAUAUAAUCUCGCAAACCGACGGAGAGUCAAAAGACUACUACAGUUACGAUAGCUUUGAGGUUUCGGAAACUCAAUCUAACUAA